UGUGAAUUUAUCUCCAAAAAAUAAUCAAAAUUAAAUUUUAUGGCAAAUAUAUAUAUAUAUUUAUAUUAAAUUAUUAACAAUCUAAUAAGUUAUUUAUAAAUGUCACCUCGCAAAUAAUAUAAAAGGAGUAGAUCAAGGUCCAUAAAAAAAGAUUAAAAAAAGGAUAAAGAAUCAAAAAGCCGAAGCAAAAGAGCUUACUCUUCUUCAGCAGAAAGAAAGAAAAAGCGUUCUAAAAGCCCUUAAAAACAUCAAAAGCAUAGAAGCAGAAGUAGAACAAAAGAUUCAAAAAAAUACAAAAAUAAAAUGUCUUCUCACUCUAGGUCUUCAUCAUCUAACUCGAGCUCUAAUUCUUACUCGAGAGAUAGUAAAAGAGAUAGAAGCAAGGAAAGAAAAAAGAAAAGAGUGUAUCCUUCUUCUUCAUCUUCCUCCUCAUCUAAAUCACGUGAAUAAAAAUAAAAAAGAAUAUCUCCUAAUUCUAAGGGCUCAAGCUUAUAAAAAAAACAAGAGGAUCAAGUUUAAAGAAAAAGAUUUACUCUUAAUGCUUCUUCAUUGACAAAUAUUUUAAAAGAUUAAAUAAGAACAAAUAUUAGGCUUGAUAAUUAAGAAAUAAAAAAUGCAAACAAUAAAUUAAAUUAACUUGGCAUGGAUGCUUAAGCCAAAAAUUUGGCAGAAGUACUUUGCAAGAAAUCUGAUGAUCUAGUUAAAGAAUAGUAAAAGAAACUCAAGUUUAUUUGUGGCUAUAUGUCAUGUGGGCUAGGAUUUUAGGAUCAAAGGGAAUUAAAUAAACAUAUUGAAUGGCAUAAACAAUAAUAAAAAGAGCAGUAAUUUUUGUAAGGAAUAAAACCAAGCUAAUUAGUUUAUUAAGAAAUACCAAAAUAGUAUUGA